AUGCCCCGCAAGUCUCUUUCCAGCCUCGCCCAGACCGCGGGGGAGAAUCAGAGUCGUUUCCUUCCCGGGGUGUCCGAAGGGGGUUUCCUGCCCGCCCCCGACGGGACCACCGCCGAGUUGGUGAUCCGCUGUGUGAUCCCCUCCCUCUACCUGCUCAUCAUCACGGUGGGUUUGCUGGGCAACAUCACGCUGGUGAAGAUCUUCAUCACCAACAGCGCCGUGAGGAGCGUCCCCAACAUCUUCAUCUCUAACCUGGCGGCUGGGGACGUGCUGCUGCUGCUCACCUGCGUCCCGGUGGACGCCUCGCGCUACUGCUUUGACGAGUGGAUGUUCGGGGAGGUGGGCUGCAAACUGAUCCCCGUCAUCCAGCUCACCUCCGUGGGGGUGUCCGUGUUCACUCUCACUGCCCUCAGCGCCGACAGGUACAGAGCCAUCGUAAACCCCAUGGACAUCCAGACAUCAGGGGCGGUGCUGUGGACCUGUGUGAAGGCGGUGGCUAUCUGGGUAGUCUCUGUGCUGUUGGCGGUUCCUGAAGCCGUAUUUUCUGAAGUGGCGCACAUUGGCAGCUUGGAAAACGGCAGCUUCACAGCGUGUCUACCCUACCCUCAGACAGAUGAAUUACAUCCAAAGAUUCAUUCAGUGCUCAUCUUCUUGGUCUAUUUCCUGAUACCACUUACUCUUAUUAGUGUUUAUUAUUAUCAUAUUGCAAAGACCUUAAUUAAAAGUGCACGUAAUCUUCCUGGAGAAUACAAUGAACAUACCAAAAAACAGAUGGAAACACGGAAACGCCUGGCUAAAAUCGUGCUCGUCUUCGUGGGCUGCUUUGUCUUCUGUUGGUUUCCAAACCACGUCCUCUACCUGUAUAGGUCUUUCAACUACCACGAGAUUGACCCAUCUCUAGGCCACAUGAUUGUCACCUUGGUUGCCCGGGUUCUGAGCUUUUGCAAUUCUUGCGUCAAUCCAUUUGCUCUUUAUCUGCUCAGUGAAAGCUUCAGGAGGCAUUUCAACAGCCAGCUCUGUUGCAGGAGGAGGUCCCGUCCACAGAGGUCAGCCAGCUGCCUCGUCAGCUCCUCUGCCCUGCGGAUGACGUCUCUGAGGAGCAAUGCUAAGAACGUGGUGGCCAAUUCUGUUUUACUAAAUGGACACAGCACGAAGCAGGAAAUGGCACUGUGA